GUGCUGUGACAAUACAGGUUAGGGGAGAAACACAACAGGUGUGCACGGUUUACACAGAGCAGGGAGCUCUCGGUGUGAAUCUGACCGGCAGGGAGAACUAAAAGCUUUUUUUUGGGAGGGGAUUAAACAGCUGAGAGAAUAAGGAGAAAAGGAAAUAGCGUUUGCUCUGCUUUGUGCUUGUUAUGCUCGGGUAUCUUGAUGCUGGCAUUAGAGUAGAUGUAGGCAACGCAGAAGUCACGCAGUCAAACGAGGCGGAUCAGGAAAAACUUGUCCACCUGACUCACGCUGCCUCCAAAGCAGGAAAUUUGAAUGCCAGUUUUGCAAGACAAAUAAAAGACCAUACUGACGGCCAAACAAUGGCCAACUUUGGAGGACACGCUAUACCAGGCACUUUUUUCCUGUUCUAUGGCUUCUGGCUAACAGUGAAGUGUGUCCUACAACACUACUGGAGGACGAGCCAACCCAAAGGAAGACAGGGCAUGCCUCCUUUCUUAAGGAGGAUGGAAUACGUUGAAGGGGGAUUCCAAGUCUUUGCAUCAUUUGUCGGUAUUAUGGUGGAGCAGUUUGUUGUGGACGGUCCACAUGCCCGCCUGUAUGAUCGGGAGAACGCCUCAUGGGUCAAGCUGAUGAACUGGCAGCACAGCACCAUGUAUUUGUUCUUUGGGAUCGCAGGAAUAGCACUGAUUGCCAGCGUAACAACCAAACGGGUGCCGGUUGGUGCCGACCGCCUUGCUCUCUCCUUGGCUCUUUUUGUUGAGGGAUUUCUCUUCUUGUACCAUGUGCACGGCCGUGAGCCCCUGGAUGCUCACAUCCAUACCCUGCUGCUGUUUGCCGUCUUCGCUGGAUCGGCCAGCACCAUGCUGGAGGUCUUCAUAAGAAACAACUUUCUUCUGGAGCUGUUCAGGGCAGACAUGUUCAUCCUGCAGGGUUCUUGGUUCUACCAGAUUGGAGUUGUUCUUUACCCCUUAAAUGGAGACCAGUGGGACCUGAAACUACCUGCCAACAAGAUGUUCGUCACGAUGUGCUUCUGCUGGCAUUUAGCGUUGUCUCUCAUUUUGGUCUCUUGUACCGCCUCCAUAGUUUGGUUUACCACAACAAGACUCUCAGCAAAAGGACGGGAUGUAGAGAUCGGAAUGCGAAACACUUCCUCUAAGAGCAGCUCUCAGAAAGCUUUACUUGAAGAGUCGGAUGAAGAGUAAAACAAAGGUUACUGCACUCUCUAUUUUCUGUUUUAAAUCAAAAUUUCAUUUCAUUAUGUGCUAAGGAGAAAAUAAUGCUUCAUAUGUUUGAACAAGCCAGAUGUUUGGCCAAAUAAACUUUAUCUUUUUUGAAAUAAAAGACAAAUCUAGA